AUGAAUCAGCAUCUCCACUCACCUACAAAGCUUACCGAAUUUGCGCGGGAUUUUGAAGAUGAAGAGACCGAAUCUAUAUUGGGUCGCUUUGUCAACAAAAUACAAAACGUAUAUAAUCAAAGUUAUAACACUGUUAAUGAAGUAGCAAAUAGUGGUGCCGACGGCGUCUCGCCCGUUCAAGUUUCGAAACCGUGUCUUUAUGCUGACGAAAAUAUAGAUGCUACCGGCAACGCAAGUAUUUCUCACCAAAAUUCGAAUUCCAGUAUAAAUACCUUAUCAAUUAAUACGAAUUCACCAAAUAAAACUAAUAAUUUGAAUAAAAACAUAGACAAGUGUAGUUCAACCAUUAAAAACAAAACAAUAGAUGAAUCUAAAAACGAAACUGAAGAACAAGUUUUGGGAUUACGAAACGAAAGCAGUGAGGGCCGCACCAUGGUCAAUGUACUAAAACGGAUGAGUAACUUAAUGGCCACAAAAAACAGUGAUCUACAAAAUUAUAAAGACACUGAAUUACAUCGUUUUUGGAUGCCUGAUUCAAAGGCAAAGGAAUGUUAUGAUUGUACCCAAAAGUUCUCCACCUUUAGGAGAAAACAUCAUUGCCGUCUUUGUGGACAAAUAUUCUGUUCCAGAUGCUGCAAUCAAGUUGUGCCUGGAAAAAUAAUUAAGUGUGCUGGGGACCUCAAGGUUUGCAAUUAUUGCUCAAAAAUUGUACUUAGCUACUUAAAAUCUCCAGACAUAGCAGUGGAUUUGCAUGCAGAUUUACAAGCGUUACAACAAGAUUUAACUCAAAAACUAGAAGAACAAAAUGAUAUUAAUAACAUUGAGGCUUUAUCUACACGUGCAAUUUCAACUCGGAAGAUAUCUGUUGGAUAUCAAGAAGAGCGUUUUGCCACUCAUAUGGGUAAUUGCUUGUCUAUUGAUGAUCGAAAGAACAUACUUCAGCAAUCAAAUUCUUUAAUAACACUGCACGAAGAAAUGCAACGUCAGUUGACAACACAAAACAGCGGCACAUGUCUAAUCGAGUAUAUGAUUUUACAUGAAAAAUCUUCAAAUAAGAUACAAGCUAUAGCAAUAUUAAAUGCAAUGUUAGCUGCUGGCUUUUUACAACCUAUAGUCCCAGAUUCCGAACUGAUGGAUUUCGAUGAAAAUCUGCAUUACAAGUUUAUAGAGCCGAAUAGACAUAAUUAUAACAAUGCAUAUUUUAAGAAGUCGACCAAUGUUUCUGUGGUCACCACUCCACAGAUUGAUAACAGUGGUGAACCACAACCGCCAAAAACAAUAGAUGUCUCAUUGAGUUUCCAUUCCAUGAGGGACAUGGAAUUUGAAUCUUCAUUGUGUUCCACUACAACUACAACUAAACUUUUGGAAUCUUACUGCGACUACGAAGAGCAGCUGCUGACUCAGAUGCUACGCACAUUCCAUUUAGAUAUGCGUUGGUCUAAAGUACUCAUGUCGUUAUGUUGUCGAGCAGCCAAUCAUUUCAAACCAGAAUAUUGCACCAAUGAGUUAAUGGACGUACGCAAUUAUGUAAAUAUAAAGAAAAUACCAGGUGGCAAACGACAAGAGUGUACAAUAGUAGGUGGGGUUGUUUUUUCAAAAAACAUUGCUCACAAAGAUAUGGCUACACGAGUUGAACAUCCACGUAUACUCCUUUUACAAUGUCCAAUUGUGUACGAACGUAUUGAAGGAAAAUUUGUUAGUAUAGCAACAGUAUUGUUACAAGAAAAAGAGUAUUUACGACGUGUUUGCGAUCGCAUUAUGAGUUUCAAACCAAAUGUGGUAUUGGUGCAUAAAAAUGUUGCGGGCAUAGCUCAAGAUAUGCUACGCUCACAAGGUAUUACUUUGGUUUUAGAUGUGAAGCUUUCUGUAAUGGAACGAAUAUCCCGCACACUACAAUGUGACAUUGUGGUUUCCAUAGAGUCCAAUAUAGCCCGGCCACAGCUCGGAAUGUGUGAUGCUUUCUAUAUUCGAAAUUUCAGUGAUGGUAGUGGCAUUAAUAAAACCUUAAUGUUUUUUGAAAAAUUGAACAAUCCUCGUGGCUUCACAUGCUUAUUACGUGGAGGCUGUAAUAAGGAGCUGUCAAAGGUCAAAAAAGUUGCAUCGUUUUUAGUGUAUGCGCGUUAUAACUGGCGAUUGGAAAUGUCGUUUCUCUUAGAUGAGUUUGCUGAUCCGCUUACACCAAAACCACCCAUUUUCAACUCGAAAGAACCAAGUCCAGAUGAUUUAUCUCCUGGUGAUAAAGAACAGAAAUUAACGUCGGCGGUAUCCACUGGAAAAUUUGUGGUGGAACGAAAAGAGGAGAAAGUACAGCCACAACGCAAAGAAAUCAUCUCAGUGUCAGAGAAUGUUGCUGACUUUACUGAUCCACUCCGUUCCGUGGAGGUUGACACAAACAAAAUAUCAGAAGAUCGACCUGUUGUGAAAUUAGCAGUUGAAUCACGUUACGAUAAUCGCUUUCGCACUGCACUCAGUUCAACUUUACUCUCGGUCAGCCCAUUUCUUAGUUUUCCAUUACCGUAUUUGGAAACCGAACAAGGUCGAAAAUGUGCUCUGCGCAAACUAUUUCCAACUGAGCUUUUUUACUCAAAAUUAAUGUCAAAUAGGAAUAGCCUGCAUUUAGACCGUAAUGAAAGUUUGGAACAUAUUAAAAUUAUGGCGAAUGAAACUAUGUUAAAAUCUCCACAUCCUUUUUUAAAACUAAAGCUCACAACACCAUGUGAUAAUCGUGAUAUACAAAAUUUACUGGCAGAAUUUCGAUCAUAUGGUGGUCGUUAUCCAAAGAAAAAAAAUUCGUUUAGAAAAAUGAAUGAAGUUUCACAGAAGGUGGAUGAGGAACUGGUUUUUAAAGAUGCACUUGAUUUAGAAAACCAUCAAAGGCUGCCGGUACUAUUUUGCAGUUUUUAUUUCAAUCCGAAGUCUGCUUCCUCUUUUUGCGCCCCACCCACUUUGUUAGACAUGAAAUUUUAUGGGCAACACGAUAUUAUGCUUGGACAAUUCCUGCAACGUUAUUGUUGUCGGUUAAAUUCGAUAUGCAAACUUUGCAAUUUGCCAAUGUUGGGGCAUGUACGCCGAUAUGUACAUUCCAUGGGAUGUGUACAAGUCUUUCUCAGCGAGGAUAAUAUAAAAACCGAUCCUAAUCGUAUUUUUUUUACUGCUUGGUGUACAAUUUGCAAUGAGAUGACCCCGAGUGUACCGCUGUCCGACAAUUCAAAAUGCCUUUCUUUCGCAAAGUAUUUGGAGCUUCGUUUUCAUGGACACUCCUAUAAAAGGCGAACUAUUAUCAGCAGAAAUUCCCCUUCAAUAAGCCCAAGCUGCAUAGAAUAUAAUCAAUGUCAGCAUUCUCUCCAUCGUGAUUAUGUACACUAUUUCACCUAUCGAGGCGUAGGGGCUAAAUUUCAGUAUACGCCAAUUGAAGUUUGGGAUAUUGGAUUACCUUCACUGAUAUUAGAUUUAAAACCACCACAGUUUGAUCAUUUCAAAUAUGUGGAAGAAAUCAAAACAUUUUCUAUGAAGGGACAUGAAGUGUAUACUCGCAUUCAUGAGCGCAUUGCUGAUCUUGCCACCGAGGAUGAUACUUUGGCGAUAGUGCUUAAUUUAAAGACAGCGUUGAACAAAGAUCAUUUUAUUUUCAAACAACAUAUCGAAAUUGUACAAGCUUUACUCACUGAACCAAAAGCCAGUAUACAUGAUAUAAAUGAUGCGUUACUUAUGUCUAAACGCGUACUGGCGGAGAGUAUUGAUUUAUGGGGGCCAAGGGUACACGAUAUUGCGUUGGCACAAAAGGCGGUAACCAAACAACCAACUCAGAUGCAUCCGGAUUCUGUUACCGUUUGUACCGAAGAUCUACAUUCCGAUUAUUUGGAUUCUUCACCCAUAAUGUCAGAAAGGCCUCGCUUGCUACGUGAUGAUACAUAUUCACAAAUAGAUGAUAGCGCUGGCGAGAGAUCAACAGUGGAGCAACUCCUUACGAUUUCGGCGAAUACCGAUAAAAAAUCUAUUAAAAAAAUACUGACUCAGCUUUUGCCUUCUGCUGGACCAGCAAAUUUGCUUCAAUCACCUUUUUCGUCACAAGAACAUUAUACAUUACCAUUGGGAGCAUUUCCGAUUCUGGUACAUGAUCAGGACUUGAGUUCGCUAAUCGCAUAUAGUCUGACGUCAAGUGACUAUCAAAAAUCAAUUGUCAAUUUGGCAAACAGUAGUUACUCUGAAAACAGUAGCGGUACUGGACUAGGUCAUCCGCCAACUAUGGAUAGUGAAAAUAGUCCUAGUUUGAAACAGAAAUUACAAGACAAUUCACAAGAAGAAGAUGAAAGCGACACACAAGAUGUUCCAAAUAGUACCAAUACCACAGAAGAAGAAAAGAGCAAAUCAAAAACGAAUACUUCACACGUAGAAUUAACAUUCCAUGAUAACGGCAAACAAUUUACAUGUAAAAUUUACUUUGCGAAAGAGUUCGAUUCAAUGCGAGUAAAAACGUUAAGACCUCCAAUUACUGAAAAAUCAUUAUAUAAAGAUCUUGAGCAGAAGAAAAAACGUGAGGAGUUAAAAGUUUGCCAAAGCCGCAGUGGCCCUGAGAUGGAAUUGGUGCAUAAACCCAGCGAUAUAUAUAACGCUACACAAGCAGAUGCAACCAAACUAAAUCGAAAUGUUUUUCAGACAGAAAUCGAGAAAUGCCGUAAUUGUUUGGCUCGUUCAUUAUGCAGCAGUGUACAAUGGGAAGCAAGAGGUGGUAAAUCUGGUUCAAGAUUCUGUAAAACAUUAGAUGACCGCUUUGUGUUGAAGGAAAUGACUAAAGGAGAUAUUAAUAUUUUUGAAAAUUUCGCUCCUAAUUAUUUUGAGUAUAUCAGCAAAUGUCAACAGCAAAAUCAGCCCACAUUGCUGGCUAAAAUUUUUGGAGUGUUUAAAGUUGUCGUAAAAAAAAAAGAUUCAUUUGUGGAGAAAUCUUUGCUCGUUAUGGAGAACCUUUUUUACGAUUGUGAUAUCAAAAAUAAAUUCGACUUAAAGGGUUCUGAACGCAAUCGAAUGGUGGACCCCACUGACCAGCAAGGUGAAAUAGUUCUAUUGGAUGAAAAUUUAGUUCAAA